AACAAAAGUUUGUUGUCACUUUCUCGACAUACUCGCAGGUUGACCCACUCAAAUUCUCCAAAUCAUGAAACAUUUGUGUACCAACAACAGUGAAUCCGGUAAACCCACCAACAAUUCAGAGGCUCCGUUGAUCGAUCUCGACAGUUCCGACGACGAGAAUAUGAAGAAAGGUGGAGACGACGUCGUUUUGCCUGGUGGGUUUCUUGAUCCUUUGCCGCCCAAGUAUGUGGCUCAGAAGUGUAAGAAUUUUUGGAAGGCUGGUGAUUUUGAACAAGGGUAUGAUGGUAAUUGGGAUACAUUAUCUGGUGGCAUGGAUCAUGUAAGGGUUCAUCCAAGGUUUCUACACUCUAAUGCAACUAGCCAUAAAUGGGUUCUUGGUGCUUUUGCAGAACUUUUGGACAAUUCAUUGGAUGAGGUCUGCAAUGGAGCUACAUAUGUCAACAUCGAUAUGCUAAGAAACAAGAAAGAUGGAAAUAAAAUGUUGUUAAUAGAGGAUAAUGGUGGCGGGAUGGACCCAGAUAAGAUGAGGCAAUGCAUGUCUCUUGGAUAUUCGUUAAAAAGCAAGGUUGCGGACACCAUUGGACAAUAUGGAAAUGGUUUCAAGACGAGUACCAUGAGGCUUGGGGCUGAUGUUAUUGUAUUCUCUCGCUGCUCUGCAAAAGAUGGAAAACGUUCUACACAGAGCAUUGGACUCUUGUCCUACACGUUUCUACGAAGCACCGGAAAGGAAGAUAUAGUAGUUCCCAUGCUUGAUUACCAAAAAGACGGUCGAGAAUGGAAGAAAAUCAUACGCUCAUCGCAUGCUGACUGGAAUACGAAUGCCGACGCAGUGUUUCAAUGGUCUCCGUUUUCAACUGAAGCAAGCCUCCUGAAACAAUUUGAUCAUAUAAAGGAUCAGGGCACUCGCAUAAUCAUUUACAAUCUGUGGGAUGAUGAUCAAGGACAGCUGGAACUUGAUUUCGAAGCUGACGAAGAAGAUAUUCAAAUUCGAGGUGUUAAUCGAGAUGAGAAGAAUAUACGUAUGGCCAAUAUAUACCCAAACUGUAGACAUUAUCUGACCUAUAAACAUUCAUUGAGAAGUUAUGCAUCGAUUCUUUAUCUAAGAAUUCCUCCUGGAUUCCGGAUGAUUCUUCGUGGAAAAGAUAUUCAACAUCAUAAUAUAGUUAACGACAUGAUGAUCGUGAACGAGAUUACAUAUCGUCCUCAGCCCGGUGCUGAUAAAGUUUCUCAGGAUUCAAAUAUAGUUGCAGUUGUUACUAUGGGGUUCGUCAAAGAUGCGAGAGCUCAUAUCGACGUUCAAGGAUACAAUGUUUAUCAUAAAAACCGACUCAUUAAGCCAUUUUGGAGACUUUGGAAGGUUGCGGGAAGUGACGGUCGUGGAGUAAUAGGUGUUUUGGAGGCUAACUUUGUAGAACCAGCUCAUGACAAACAGGGGUUUGAACGCACCAUUGUCCUUUCGAGACUCGAAGCACGUCUUAUUCAGAUGCAGAAGAACUACUGGCGUGCUCACUGCCAUAAAAUUGGAUAUUCUGGAUAUCCACAACCGGUCAAUAAGAACAGCGUGGAAGAUGGAGGGUCCCGUGAAACCUCUUCUAAAAAGAAGAAAGGUGCAUCGACACCGCCAAACGAUUCUUCGAAUAAAUAUCAGAAACUUAAGUCAACGCCUUUGACUGAGAAUGUUGCUGAUGAUGACUUGCAAACCACCCCAAACUUGAGACAUACAAAUGGCAGUUAUCAUAUUGAAAAAUCAGCUAAGGAAUGUACUCCGAAAGAUACUUCUCGUUCGGCACACGCUGCAAAUGCGGAAGCCGUGCAUGAUUGUUCUCCUAAUGGAAAGACCGCGCAAAUCGUCAUUGGCACUCAGUGGAGGCCGUUUCCGGUCGUUGGUGAAAACGAAAGUACUCCUAUAAACUCUGGUACACCUGAUUUACAUCAGUUGAUGGAAGAGAACCGCAAAUUGAAAGAGAUGUUGGAAAAGAAUGAUGAAGACGUUGUAGGUGAUCUUCUUCAUAAUUUAGAAAGACAAAGAAAUCAACGCGUGGAUCUUGAAGCUCAGGUUGAGGAAGUAAAGGAAAAUUUUGAGAAUCUCUACAAGGUGCAAUUAAGUAUGAUCGACGAAUUUGCAGAGGAACGAGAGAGACGUGAGGUUGAGCAGGCGUCUUUAACGAACAAGUUGAAGGAUGAGACUGCAAAAAAACAAGAUUUAGUCGAGCGGGUGAAACAGUUAGAGUUGGAGAAGAUGAAAAGCAACGAAUGGAGCGCGAUCAGUUGAAAGGUAGUUGGUUGUUAGUAUAGUGUUGUAUAUAUAUAUAAACCAUUUCCUUAUUUUUAGUUUUAUGAGCUAAAAGUCUGCUGCUCAAGGGUUUAUUAGAAAUGUAACAUUUUUUCUCUCCUGGUAUGAACUAUUAUUAUUUUCAUUAUUA